CGCCAUCUAUAUUCCUUCUCUCAAAUCUUAUAAAGCAUUUUAUCAUUUCUGGUUUUGGUGAGGAAAAGAUUAGAGGAUGUGUCCGACGGGGAGCGGCGUGCACGGUGAAAGCGCAAGACGGUCUACCACUUUGCGGUCAGCGUUCGAGGUGAUGGAUGUGGACCGCGACGGUAAGAUCAGCCCCGACGAUCUCCGGACGUUCUACAAAACCGACUUUUCGUUGGCAGUGGGAGGGACGGCGUCGGAAGAUGAUGAGUUGAUAGGAAGUAUGAUUUCCGUGGCGGAUUCAAACAAGGACGGGUUCGUGGAAUACGAGGAGUUCGAGAAGGUUGUGGGUUCUAGGAGCGUGAGCGUGAUGGAGGAUGUGUUUAGGGUGAUGGAUAGAGAUGGAGAUGGCAAGGUUGGGCACCAAGACCUCAAGACUUAUCUCAGUUGGGCUGGUCUUCAAGCCAACGAUGAAGAUGUGAAUGCCAUGAUCAAAUUGGGCGGUGGCGAUGGAAAUGGUGGAGGCGUGACCUUAGAGGGUUUAUGCAAGAUUUUGUGUAUCUAAUCUGAUGAGGCAGGCCUGAACUCUGAAGGGAUGGAUGGAUGCAUUUGCCCCCACAACUUUUUCUGUGCGUUUUCUUUUAGGUAGUCGUGCAGCAAUGCAGUGCAAUUUCUGGCAACUUUCCUUGUCUUGUAUCAUGUGCAGACAGCUGCUAUUUUCUUAAUUUCUUUUCUUUUUUUCAACUCUGGAUUCUAGAAUCAAAUCAAUUAAACAUCACAGUUAAAUAAUACUAAACGUAUAUUUGAUUGGAGAAUUUUA